AUGGCUGUUAAAGCAGGAGAUGAGAGGUCACUGAAGGAGACACCCACUUGGGCAGUCGCACUCGUGACUGCCGUGUUUGUUAUCAUUUCGAUUGGAAUCGAGCACGGGAUUCAUUCUCUUGGAAAGUGGUUUCAGAAACGCCACAAGAAGGCCAUGAUCGAGGCUUUAGAGAAAAUAAAAUCCGAGCUGAUGCUAUUGGGCUUCCUAUCUCUGCUCAUCACUGUGGGUACGCAACCGAUCUCUAUGAUAUGUAUUGCUGAGAAAUAUGCGAAGAUCAUGCUUCCUUGUAAAAAGGAGGACUCGGAGAAGCCCGACAAAGACAAAGAUCAGGGUGACAGGAGAAAAUUGCUGUGGUACGAUGAGGAUGUCCCAUGGCGACGAUCUCUAGCUGCUGGAGACACUGGUGACCAUUGUUCCAAACAUAACAAGGUACCGUUGAUUUCGGCAUCAGGGUUGCACCAAUUGCACAUUUUCAUAUUCGUGCUCGCUGUCUUUCAUGUUCUCUAUAGCGUCAUCACCAUUUGCCUGGCAAAAGCCAAAAUGAAGAAAUGGAAGGCAUGGGAACAGGAAACUACUUCCCUGGAGUAUCAGUUUAGCAAUGAUCCUUCAAGAUUCAGAUUGACUCAUCAAACAUCUUUCGUUAGACGACAUAGUGGCCUUUCGACAACUCCUGGUGUCAGAUGGAUUGUAGCAUUCUUCAGGCAGUUCUUUGGUUCAGUCUCAAAGGUUGACUAUCUGACAAUGAGGCUUGGAUUCAUCAACGCUCAUUUAGCCCCGAACAGUAGAUUUGACUUUCACAAAUACAUUAAGAGGUCCAUGGAAGAUGACUUCAAAGUGGUUGUGGGUAUCAGUAUACCCUUAUGGACUUGCUGUAUCCUAUUUGAGCUCUCCAAUAUCUAUGACACUUAUGCCCUUUCGAUCAUCUCUUUCAUACCUCUAGCAACACUCGUGCUAGUUGGUACCAAGCUCGAACUCAUUAUAAUGGAGAUGGCUCAUCAAAUUCAAGAUAAAACCACCGUGGUGAAGGGAGCUCCGAUUGUAGAGCCCAAUAAUAAGUAUUUCUGGUUCAACCGGCCGGACUUUAUAUUGUUCUUGAUACAUUUAACUUUGUUUCAGAAUGCAUUUCAGAUAUCCUAUUUUCUCUGGACAUGGUAUGAGUUCGGCUUGAAUUCGUGCUUCCACAAGAGACAGGCCGAGAUCCUUGUAAGGGUUUUGCUCGGCGUGGCCCUUCAAUUUGUGUGCAGCUACAUCACCUUCCCUCUCUAUUCACUAGUAACCCAAAUGGGGUCGCACAUGAAGAAGGCAAUAUUCGAGGAGCAGACGGCAAAGGCGCUGAAGAACUGGCAGAGAGUGGCGAGGGAGAGGAAGAAGCAGAGGAAGAAGGAAGGAGACCAAUCAGUGUCGCGCUCAGGGUUCAUGAGUCCGGACAACACGCCGAGCCGUGGCUCAUCACCCCUGCACUUGCUCCACAAGCACAAGCACAACUCCUCCACCAAUGAUUUGGAGAGCGUGAUCAACUCUCCCAGCAGCUAUAUCUCUGAGACCGAGCUCUCUGAUUACGAAGGCCCUCCUCCAGCCCAUUUCCCUGACCAUCAUCAACAAAUCCCAGAUCAACAAGGAGGGCAACAGAACAACAACGAUGCCCGCCAAAAGGAGGGUGAUGUUCAGAAUGAUUUCUCAUUCUCUCAUGGUUAA